GUCAAAUUGCCGCGAAUAAAGAUUUGGCCGAGAAAGAUUUGAGAAUAUGACGAGUGCUUGGAGAAUGUAGACCGACCUUGCUAAGGGGGAAAAGGCAGGUUUUUUUCCAUCUAGAUCACCUACUCAAAGCUCUGAUGAAUAGUUAAACAACUAAAAUCCUAAUACCACUUAAACAAAGAAUAAAAAAAGACAACUACACAUGGAAGGUAGCUAAUGGAAGGAGAAAUCCUGAGGAAUGUAACAUCUGCUUGAACGCUGCAACCCCCUCAGAACACUUCCAAAUACAUAGUACACAGGGACACAUACAUUUGGGAAGGUAUUCUCUGACUGGAGACACUUGAUGGAGACCCAUACUAGUGAUAAACCUCAUAAAUGUGAUGUGUGUGGAAAGGCAUUCAGUCAAUCAGGUAAUUUAAAUUCACACAUGAGGAUACAUACAAAUGAAAAACCUUAUAAAUGUGAUGUGUGUGGGAAGGCAUUCAGUCAAUCCGGUAAUUUAAAUUCACACAUGAGGAUACAUACAGGGGAAAAACCUCAUAAAUGUGAUAUGUGUGGAAAGGCAUUCCGAGAAGGGAGUUCCUUACAGGCACAUAUGAGGACACAUACAGGUGAGAAACCUCAUAAGUGUGAUUUUUGUGGGAAGGCAUUCCCUUUCUCAGGUGAAGUACGCAGACACAUGAGGACACAUACAGGUGACAAACCUUAUAAAUGUGAUGUUUGUGGAAAGACAUUUACUAUGUCACAUAGCUUACAGAGGCACAUUAGAACACAUACAGGUGAUAAGCCUUAUAAAUGUGAUGUGUGUUGGAGGGCAUUCAAAGAUACAAGUUCCUUAAAUGACCACAAGAUGAUACAUACAGGUGACAAACCUCAUGAGUGUGAAGUGUGUGGGAAGGCAUUCAACCGAUUAAAUCACUUACAGACACAUACAAGGAUACAUACAGGUGAUAAACCUUAUAAAUGUGAUGUAUGUGAGAAGGCUUUCCGUGGACAAAGAAUUUUAAAGCAACACAUGGGAAUACAUAUGGCUGAUAAACCUUAUAAAUGUGAUGUUUGUGGAAAGACAUUUUCUGCGUCAGGUAGCUUACAGAGACACAUUAGAAUACAUACAGGUUUUAAACCUUAUAAAUGUGAUGUGUGUUGGAGGGCAUUCAAAGAUACAAGUUCCUUAAAUGACCACAGGAGGAUACAUACAGGUGACAAACUUCAUGAGUGUGAAGUGUGUGGGAAGGCAUUCAACCGAAUAAAUCACUUACAGACACACACAAGGAUACAUACAGGUGAUAAACCAUAUAAAUGUGAUGUAUGUGAGAAGGCUUUCCAUGGACAAACACUUUUAAAGAGACACAUGGGAAUACAUAUGGGUAAAAAAACUUAUAAAUGUGAAGUGCAUGGAAAGUCAUUCAAUUCCUCAGGAACUUUACGCACACAUAUUGAGAUUAAUACAGGGGAUAAACCUUUUAAUUGUGAUGUGUGUAAGAAGACAUUCAACCAAUCAGGACAUUUAAAGAAACACAUGAGGACACAUACUGGUGACAUACCUUUUAAAAGUGAUGUGUAUGAGAAGGCAUACACUGUAUCAGAACACUUACAAAAAAUCAUGAGGACACAUACAGGUGAUAAAUAUUACAAAUGUGAUGUGUGUGGAAAGUCAUUUAUUUACAAGUCCAUGAUAAAGGGGCAUAUGAGGAUACACACAGGUGAGAAACCUUAUAAAUGUGAUGUGUGUGGAAAGGCAUUCAACCAUUCAGGGAACUUACAGAGACACAUGAAGACACAUACAGGUGAAAAACUUUAAAAUGUGAUGUGUGUGGACGGACAUUCAACAGAUCAAAGUCUUACAGAGACACAUGAGGCCACAUACAGAUGAUAAACCUUAUAAAUAUGAUGUGUGUGGGAGGGCAUUCUCUGUAUCAUGUAGUUUAGCAGCACACAUAAAGAUACACACAUGUGAUAAACCUUUUGAGUGUGAUUUGGAUGGUAAGGCAUUCAACCAUUCAGCUAGCUUACGGAAACACAUAAGUACACCUACAAGUGAUUAACUAUGAUAAAUGAUGGGUGUGGUAAUAGAUACAGUCAGUCAGUUGAUGUAUGUAACCUCCCCUUCCACUUUCUAUAUGAAGUCUUUGGAAAAGAGCUUUAUCAGUCAAGGAAGUUAAAUGAGACAGAGGUUUGAGGACAAUUUCUUACGUGACAGCCGAGUGAGCUAACAACUGGAAAUUGGUCUGGUCAUACACAGAAGCACACGAGGACAAUUAUUCUGAAAAUCCCAUUGAGACUCUAUAACCACCCCGCUAAAUCCGUGCCUGAGACAUUGUCACCGAUUUUUUUCUGAUCCACAGUGUUUACACGAUGACAAUGGUGAAAGCAUUGUUUUCACAAUUUAUAGAUGAAUGAAUAAGUUCAAUGGCUAAUUGAUUGAACAUAAGCCAAGUUCAAAAAAUUCUUUGUUUGCAGUUGCCAACCUGUAAUUUUUAGAAUGAGUAGGUAUGUAGGAUUUUUUAUUUGGGAGGGGGAUUCAAAUUUUUUUAGUUUUCAGGUUUUUGUUGGAUAACAAAUCAUAGGGAUUUUCGUAGAGCAUGUAGAGUAACUGAAGAAAAUAAGCUCCACUUAGUUAAAGCUACAAAUGUAAUUGACAAAAUUUAAAAAAUCAGUUUAUAGAAAAUGAAACAUUUUCAUUAUCCUGAAAACUUGAACUUAGCCCCCCCCCCCC